AUAGAACUGAUUGUAAAAUAGUUGUAAACGUUGUAACACAAUUGAUCACAAUUUAAUUACAACGUUCCUGUUGGUUGUUUCUAUGUAAAAUUGAAUGUAAUGCGGUAGGUGUGUAGUCCACCUAAGCUGUCAUUGAAAACAUCGAACAGAAAUGUUUACACGAUGUUUUUGUAUUCGUUUUAUCAGAUAAUUUUUACUUUUUCGUUCUUUAUUUCCUAAUCAUGGGCGAUUGAAAAUAAUUUUAGAUAAAUCACAUUUUUCUUAUACAUUUUAAUAAAAAUAUUCGAUUAUUACAUUAAUAUUAUUAACUUGAAAAAAAAAACGGUAAAAAACAUAGCAAAUUAUAGCUGUCAGAUUACGUUUGACAGAUAUCAAAUAGGCAAGCGAGGGGAGUUUGUACUUCCUAGAAGAGAAAAAUUACAAAUUUUAAGAGGAAUUCAAGGGCCAAUGUAAAUAAAAAUACCACUAGGAUCGAAAACGGCAAUCUGUGCACCGUAGUUUAAGUGUUUUUGCUCGUAUAUCCAUCGCAAACAUGCGCAACCGUAAAAAAUAACAUGCUAUAUCUAUUAGCCCGUUGUUCCUAGGGAAGUCAUCAAAAAUCUGCCCAAGCCCAAAGAAUUCAGAUAAACAGAUCCGGAAAGGAAACGGACAGAGUGUAAAGAAGAGAACAUCCGCGAAAAGUACCCACUGGAUGCAAUGUCACGAAAUCUGCGCUAGGCGUAGUACAUCAGACGGUACUGCUAUUACUACUGCGAUUUACGAGAAAGGCUUGAAACCAAAGAAGCUGGGCGAGCGACUGCCGCACAUACCUUGGACAUUUAGUUGAAUCCCGCACGAAACCAGGCACAUCAUCCACAACAAAGGAGUGCAGAAAAGGAAAUUGUAAUGAUUGUCCAAGAACCAGUGCAGGCCGCAAUAUGGCACUGCCUAAACCAUUACCAUUAUCAGGACGCUACAUUUCUUGCUGAAAGACUCUGUGCGGAAGUGGAUUCUGAAGAGAGCGUUUUUCUGCUUGCCACAUGUUAUUAUCGCGCGGGACAAAAGCAUCUGGCACACUGGCUACUUUCGAAGAAAAGUGUUCGUUCGACUCAAUGCCGUUUCCUUCUUUCAAAGUGCGCCUUUGAUUUAAAAAAAUACUCGGAAGCCGAAAACGCUUUGAUAAACGACGACCAUCUCAGGCCAAGGCACUUGGAUGAGAUCGUAAAAGAGUUUGGCGAUAUUGCGUGUUUCGCGUUAGAGUUGGUUUCAAAAAUUUGCCUAAAGACUGAACGAUCUAAGCUUGCAAACGAUGCCAGUCGGCGAGCGAUCAAGUUGAAUCCUUUCCUGUGGCAAGCAUUCGCUGAUCUAUGCAGCCGGGGCGAAAAGCCGGAUCCCGAUAGUGUGUUUCAGCUGACCAGCACUGACAUCUUUCAAACUAGCCAAGCACAUCAUUAUAAUUCGAUUGUGUGGUUUGGUGGAACGAAUGUUUAUCACAAUGGACCAUUGCUAGAUCCAUCGGCAGGCCCCAACGAAAGUACAGAUCAGCUAGGAGAAAAUGUCGAUAAUCCUUCAACGCCAGUUGAUCAGUGUUUCACGCAAAUCGUUAACACACCGAACAAUCACCAUCCACCGGGAGCGCCGCCCGGGGUGGGGCUCGGGAAUGCUCCUUAUAUUCCUCAACAGCAGAAUCUGAAUUACUCGUACUUUAACAGUUCGGUCGGAUCGAUACGCUUUGGUAGCGGGGCCAAUCCAAACGCUGGUGACCAGACGCCAACACACGUAUUCACGGAACAUAACACACCAUUCCGUAAGCAACAGUUUAAGUAUCUCUCCACGAUAAGUCCUUCGACGCCAAGUUUCGGCGUGCUACCGAUCAUACACACACCCAAUGAACCGAUAGCGUUUCUUAUGACGCCUUCCCCGCAGCUGGUGCAAACGGGCACGCCUGUCGGACAGACGGGAACGGCCGCACUCAUACAGCAGCAAGGCUCGCAGUUGAUGCAAUUUGCGACCGGCAUGCAACAAACGCCACAGCAACAAAGCCAAGGCAUUAUUGGCGAUGGUACAUUAGCAGAUCAGCACGCCGUAGCUCCCAAUCGAAAGAUCGCACUGCUAAGUAGUAACAAAAAGAUGCGACGUCAUCAUCACAACAAUCUAGGCACCAUGGGCAACAUUAUCAAUCGCAAACACGACUCGCCACACCAUCCUCAGCAGGCGGCUAUUCAGCUGCUACAGCAACAGAGCACCAACACCAAACCGAUCGUUUUCAGUCAAACCGGAAAUCAACUGACCACCACACCGCGUACACCGAUUACGACCGGUGGACCGCUACAGCAUGGCCCCAACGUUAGGCGCAGUUCGCGUUUGUUCAGCAACAGCAACUCAGUGAAGGAGAAUGCCAAAAGUCCACAGAUCAACAACAAAUUCGUCGCGCCUCGUUCACCACCUCGACGGACGAAGCAACGGAUUUCAAAGACGAUCAACAGUAGUGUCACAACUUUGCUAGAGAACAUCCCGGAAAAGAAGUCCUCCGUGUGCGGUGCGGGUGGAGAUGCACCCGUGAAAGAGAAGAUAGAAACCAUUACUUCCACUGUGAACGACGAUGCAACGCCUCUGCUAAACGAAAAAGUCAUGCUAAACAACAGCAUCAAUAGUGCGCAGAAGAUGGCCCAACAGGUGCUGCAGCUGAAAAAGCAAAGUGCUGACGGUUUGAUGACGCUGCUGCGUGAAUUAGGCCACGGUUACCUUCGGUUGCAGAACUAUGAAUGCGAGAAAGCUAUCGAACACUUUUCCAACGUUCCGCUGCAUCAUCACGAGAGCAGUUGGGUCAAAAGCAUGAUAGCGUUAGCGUACCAUGAAAUGCGCGACUACGAGUCAGCGGUUCACAUUUUCCACGAUAUUCACGAGCGCGAACCGUACCGGUUGCAGUACAUGGAAAUCUACAGUACCGAUCUGUGGCAUCUGCAAAAGGACGUAGUGCUGUCGUCACUGGCGCAAGAUCUGAUGGCCCAGGACAAAACCUCGCCAAUCACCUGGUGCGUGGCGGGCAACUGUUUCUCGGCGCACAAGGAACACGAAACGGCGAUCAAGUUCUUCUUCCGUGCAAUACAGGUUGACGAAGAUUUUGCCUAUAGUUACGCCCUGCUGGGGCACGAGUUGGUGAUGACGGAGGAGCUGGAAAAGGCCCUUUCCAUGUACAGGCUAGCUGUACUGCACGAUCCGCGACAUUACAAUGCCUGGUUUGGCAUCGGAACAGUAUUCUGCAAACAGGAGCGUCAUGAGCUGGCGGAGCUACACUACCGAAGAGCGUUACAGAUCAAUCCGCGCAACUCGGUCAUCAUGGUGCACAUAGCCGUGAUGCAGUUCUUUCUCAGGAAGACCGACCAAGCCAUAAGGACGCUGAAUGCGGCGAUCGCGCUCGAUCCACGAAACCCACAGUGUAAAUUCCAGCGCGGUUCGAUGUUCUUCAUGAUGGGGCGCUAUCACGAGGCACUCAAGGAGCUGGAUGAGCUGAAGCAAAUCGUGCCAAAGGAAGCGAUGGUUUACUAUCUCAUGGGAAAAAUUCACAAAAAGCUGGGCAACGUCGAUCUGGCGCUGAUGCAUCUUAGCUGGGCCACCGAUCUCGGUUCGAAGGGAGCAAAUAAUCAGAUCAAGGACAAUUUUGACUCCAUCAUCCGAACGCACGAUGGCGAUGGCGGCAUGGAAGGCGAUAGUGGGCUGGUGGGAGAAUCGAGCCGAACGGGAGAUUCCGCUGGCACUGGUGCAACUGGUAGCGGCGGCACACCGCACGGUGACGGGGACGGUGUGAACGACAAAAUCGGAAGCGUUGGCAGCCUUGAUCCGGAAGCGGGCAGCAGCAGCAUCGAUCCGGACUAUUCGCUCGGCAUCGAACAGAUAUCGAGUGAUGAUUCAACCGCCGCCGUGAGCAUGCGGAAUGAGUCGCUAGACAUAAUAGCAAACAAUUUCUACGACAGUGACAGCUAUUAGGUAGAGAACCGUUUGGCAACAAUGAAUCUGCGCCUAGGUGCGCUGGUUCCACAUGAAAGUCACAGCAGUCCUACUCCGCACUCGUUGUCGUAUAUUGCAACACCUUUCGAGCGCAGCCAGUCAAUCACACGCUUUAAGUAGCCAACUCAACGUGCGUGCGAUCAAACGUGGAAUAUUAAUCUUGGUACAUGAUACAGUUUCUCUCGUCUCUUCUACACGCCUAUUGCUCCUUAACCUGGUCUCUGUCAAGGAAUCUGUGUUUCUCUUCGAUAAUCGAUUAUUCGUGUAAUUAUGUGUCAGGUUCAAUCGUUUAUAAUUGCGCCCUUUUUGUUAUUCCAUUUAUACGCCUAAGUAGCAGUUUAUUUUGAAUUCAUUUUAUGGAAACCCACCAAACAAACAAAAAAAGGAAGAUGAAUAAAUAACAGGAAACAAGCAGAGCAUACAAAUAA